AAAAAUACUUCUUUACCACAUAACUCACUCAUGUCUUGCUAUCUCGCUCUUGAAAGUGGAAAAUUCUGGUUUCCAGCUCAGGUUUUCAACAGAGAGGUAAAUUGGAAUGGGCAUGUGGGAUUUAUGCUUUCGUGUUAUGACACACAAUUAAGCUAUGGUUCAACCUCAGACAAUUUUGUUGCUAGAUAUAAAAACCUUCUAUACAAGAAUCUCCUAAGUAAGUCUAUUUACAUCCACCUACUUUGUACUCUUGCUGUACAUGGAUCUAUUGAGUGGUGUUGACAUGGACAGAGUUAGUUUCGUAAGGUGUUGUAUGGGCAUAUUGGUUUAUGGUAGUUUUUUUUUUAAUGUUAUUUUUGUUUUCUUUUGACUUUAGAUAGAACUAUUGUACUUAGCAUUUUGAUUAUCUUCGGAUGAGAAUUUUAUUACAAUGUUUAUUUUAGUACAAUGUUUGGAUGAUUAAUUAUUUAUAUAAUAUAUGUUUUAGAUUGUAGUA